UCAUCGUGGCAUGCCUAGACAUGUUCUCUCACUAAAUACAAUAGAAAGUCUGGCUUGCGGGGAUUUAUGAAAAGUGUUUGGCAACCAUUUGGCUGCUUCACUUAGAAAUCAAACACCGAUCUGUGUACGUCGGAGAAAACGCUUCCUCCAGAAAAUGCCUCUGGCUAAAGACUUUCUAAAUCCGACUCUGGACUUUGAGAGAAGGCAACAUAAGAAGAAGAGACUGGUGCAGAGUCCAAACUCUUACUUUAUGGAUGUGAAAUGCCCAGGUUGCUAUAAAAUCACAACAGUGUUCAGCCAUGCUCAGACAGUAGUGUUGUGUGUUGGCUGUUCCACAGUGCUCUGCCAGCCCACAGGAGGAAAGGCUAGGCUAACCGAGGGUUGUUCUUUCAGAAGAAAGCACUGAUGAGAAUAAUUAAUUUGGAUCUUUUGAAUAAAAAGUACCUUAUCUUUUCA